AUUGUCAUGUAUUAGAAAAUUAUAUCCUGAGUCUUGAUUAACCUCCUCAAGAUUAAUUCUAUUUAAAGGAGGACAAGAGGAGAAGAGAAACUCAGUGCUAGAAAGGGGCUGAAGAUCACAUUUUGCUAAAAUCAUGGCAACAACUCAUCAGCCUUUGCUAGACAGUACCCCCAAAACCAGAACCUCUCUCUCCAAAUCUCUCUUUCUUCUUCUCUCUCUAGUUGCCAUCAUAGGCCCAAUUGCCAUAGUCACCACAAGGCUAACCAAUCCCACCUCUCCUAAUCCUCCUCUAUCGAGCCAGCUUUGUGACAGGGCCGUCGACCGGGCCUCAUGCUGGGCUAUGGUGUCGGAAACAGCAUCAUCAGGGGACUUGAUGCAAAUGGACGGUGUAGAUUUGUUGCGGGAGUUUCUAAAGAAAUCCACGUCAGCCAUACGAGACGUUGUGGAGACAACGAGCGAUGUCAACCGACGGAUCAACUACCGAAAGGAUCAAGCGGCUUUGGCCGAUUGCCUGGAGUUGAUGGACCUAUCCAUGGGCCGAAUCACAGACUCUGUGCUAGCACUCAAGAAGCGAACGGGCCGUUCCCAUUCGGACGCCCAUUCGUGGCUGAGCAGUGUGCUUACCAACCACAUUACGUGUUUGGACGGGCAAAAUGGGCCGGCUCGGCCUAUGAUGGAGCCGGCCCUGAAUAACUUAAUAGCGAGAGCAAGAAAUUCCCUUGCCAUGGUGGUGGCAGUAUCGCCACCACUGCCAGAAGACGAGCUGCUCCUCCGGCCACUUAACGGGCUUCCUAGGUGGAUUGCUAGUGGAGACCGGAGGCUUUUGAUGGCUCCGGCGAAGGACAUAAAAGCCAACGUGGUAGUGGCGAAGGAUGGGAGUGGGAAUUAUAAGACUGUCACCGAAGCCGUGGCAUCCGCACCAAACAAGGGGAAGACUCGGUACAUUAUUUACGUGAAGAAGGGAACGUACAAGGAAAAUGUUCGGAUAGGGUCAAGCAAGAAGAAUGUGAUGCUUGUGGGUGACGGCAUGGAUUCUACCGUUAUUACCGGUAGCUUGAAUGUUAUAGAUGGUUCAACAACGUUCAAUUCUGCAACUGUUGCUGCUGUUGGGGAUGGAUUCAUGGCUCAAGACAUCUGGUUCCAAAACACGGCCGGGCCCAAGAAGCAUCAAGCCGUGGCAUUACGCGUUGGAGCUGAUAUGUCGGUCAUAAACCGCUGCCGCAUCGAUGCCUAUCAGGACACCCUUUAUACCCACACCAACAGGCAAUUCUACCGAGACAGUUAUAUUACUGGCACAGUGGACUUCGUCUUCGGCAACGCAGCCGUCGUGUUUCAAAACUGCAAACUAGUGGCCCGAAAGCCCAUGAGUGGACAGGCCAACAUGGUAACGGCCCAAGGCCGAGAAGACCCAAACCAAAACACGGGAACUUCAAUCCAGAGCUGCAACGUGACAGCCAGCCCGGAUCUGGAGCCCGUCAAGGGUACCAUAAAAUCGUACUUGGGCCGCCCGUGGAAGGCGUACUCCAGGACCGUUUACAUGCAAUCGAAUAUCGGCAACCACAUUGACCCGACGGGUUGGUCGGUGUGGAGCGGAGAUUUCGGUUUGAAAACGUUGUACUACGGCGAGUACAUGAAUAAAGGGCCUGGAGCCGGUACCAGUAAACGGGUCAAGUGGGCGGGUUACAGGGUCAUCACGAAUCCGGCUGAAGCCAGGAAAUUUACAGUGGCUGAGCUGAUACAAGGAGGGGUGUGGUUGAAGUCCACUGGGGUAACCUAUACAGAAGGCUUGUGAAUGAUGUUCCUAUGUAUUAUAUUGUUCCCUUGUUCUACCAGCACUUGCUUUGGUUCUUAGGUUACUCUCUAAUAAUGUGUUAUGUGUGCUAGCAUAUAUGGGUCUUUGUUUUCGUUUCGCGCUCAGCGAACAAAGUACGUAGCUCAUGGGAUGGCAUAAUAUUCUGGGCUUUCAUAAAUAAUUUUCUCUGGCUCUCUCGCGGGUUA